AUGACCAAGCCCGUCGCUGGGAAGGGCUUCACGUACACCAUGCUGAGUGCCAGCGUCGCCACCGCCCUCCGGGACCCCGCCCUGCGGCAGCUGUGCAGGGCGAAGGUCCUGUGCAAGACCCUCGGGGGGCUCAGGUGCGACCUGCUGGAGAUCUCGAACUGGUCCGUCUCGCGGAGGGAGAAGAGGACGGUCGUCAUCAGCUCCCGCGUGCACCCGGGCGAGACGAACGCCAGCUGGAUGGCCCACGGCCUGAUAGGCUUCCUGCUGUCCCCGACCGCGGAGGCGGAGGUCUUGCGCGACAACUUCGUCUUCCAGAUCGUCCCUAUGCUCAACCCGGACGGCGUCAUAUGCGGCAAUUACCGAUGUGGCCUCUGCGGCGUGGACCUCAACAGGCAGUGGCAGCACCCGAGCAAGGCGCUGCAUGGGACCGUGUACGCGAUGAAGAAGAUGAUCCGAAAGGCGAAGAAGAGCGGCCGUCUGUGUUUGUACGUCGACCUCCACGGGCAUUCGCGGAAGCAGGGCAUAUUCUCCUACGCCUGCGGCAGCUUCCCCCCAGACGACUUCCGGCGCUUCACGGUCCGCAUGUAUCCGAAGCUCCUCGGCAUGCUGAUCCCAGAGUUUGCGGCGUCCAGCUGCCGGUGGAGCACCGGCAAGGGCAAGCGGGGCACAGGGCGCGUCGUCGUGGCCAAGGGCGGCGCGGCGCAUGCCGCGGCCGCUUUGCCUGGGUCGUGGCAGUACCGCGAGCGCGCCGCGAGGCCUGCCCUGCGACUCGCAGCGGCAGGCGCCCGCGUGCCAGGCAGCGCCAGGCGCCGCACGAAUGCGGCCUGGCACGCUGCUGUGGCGCCGGCGGCGGGCUUCGCGCGGGUCUGCGACGCCGCCAUCUCGGUGGCGGCGAGCGGUACCCCGACCCCAUCCACCCCUCCAGCAUUGCCGCGGCAGGUGGAGGCGACCACGCCUACCAAGUUGCGGAAGGUGGCGCCGCUUUGGCCCGAGGGCUGGCUGGCGCGGGAAGUCGAGGGGAAGGGGCAGGGCGACGACGACGACGACGACGGGAGCGAGGCCUUCGCGCAGCCGGCGGUGGAGCCGCUCAUGGGCGCCUUCCUGGGCCACGGGCCCGUGCAGGAGGCGACGGAGGAGUCGCUCGCCACUGACAUGGCCAUAGACGACGAGCACGGGAUGCCCAUCGAGGAGGGCUUCGAGGACCAGGCCCCCGAUGACGAGGAGGAGAAGACGGAUGGCGAGGCUUCGGUGACGGGCGUUCUCAGGGCGCCAUCGGAGGUGCAGAUGGUGGACUUUCUGUCGGAGGGCAUGCAGCCCCUCGACGCGGAGGCCCGCGAGAGCCAGGGUUCGGACGUCCAGGCCGUCGCGGGCACGCUGGCCACGGGGAAUGGCUCCAAGCAGGUUCAGGCGGAGAUCACUUUCGAGGUCGACUUCAGCGGCUGCUUGGUCAUCGGAGCGCAGGUGUCGGCGGAGGUCCCCUGCGAGCACGUCUUCGACUUGCUGGAGGGCGGCUGCGUCGUGGUCCCCAGCAGGCGCCUGCGGGACAGGGCGCUGCCCGCUGCCUGGAUCACCGCUGCCGCCGCAAAGGAGCUGAGGCCGCCGCGGUACAGCCAGCCCUUCGCGAGGCGCCUGGCUCGGCUGGCCUGA